UCCAGUUCCAGUCCGCCCGACGCCUCGUCGUCGUUCCGUUUCCAUCCCGCUGACCCCCCCCCCCCCCCCCCCCCGCCUCCUCUCUCCCUCUCCCCCGUCGCUUUAUUCCCUCCCCCUCCCCUCCUCCAGCCAGAAUCUCCACCCCACCAACCCGCCCGCCCGCACGCGCGCGAUUCGAUCCCCACCGCCCAGGCCCGGCGCGGCGGCCAUGGGCUCGACGCCGGGGAGCAGCUACGACUGCUCCUUCAAGGUGCUGCUCAUCGGGGACUCCGCCGUCGGCAAGAGCAGCCUCCUCGUCAGCUUCGUCUCCGCCGCCCCCACUGACGACGACAUCUCCCCCACCAUAGGGGUGGAUUUUAAAAUCAAGUUUCUCACUGUUGGUGAUAAGAAAUUGAAGUUGACAAUAUGGGACACCGCUGGCCAGGAGAGGUUUAGGACAAUCACUAGUUCUUACUACAGAGGUGCUCAUGGAAUUAUCCUAGUUUAUGAUGUUACAAAGAGACAAAGUUUCACAAAUUUGGCUGACGUAUGGGCCAAGGAAAUAGAAUUGCACUCAACGAACAAAGAGUGCGUCAAAAUGCUUGUUGGAAACAAACUGGACAAGGAUGAGGACAGAAUGGUAACAACAGAAGAAGGUCUUGCCUUUGCACAGCAAUGUGGAUGCCUUUUUCUCGAAAGCAGUGCCAAAACAAGAGAAAAUGUGGAGAAAUGUUUUGAAGAGCUUGUGCUAAAGAUUCUUGAGGUUCCAAGUCUGUCGGAGGAAGGCUCGUCGGUCGUCAAGAGGAACUCGCUGAAACAGAAGCAUGAGAAGAGUGGGGGAUGCUGCCAGUAGAUCCGAUCCGAUCCAGUCACUUUAUGCAACCAACUAGAUCUCGCAAUCGGUGCCUAGGCUAGGUUGUUCUUGGUUGGUGUUCUGAUGUAAAUGAGUCGUUGUAUCUAAGUGAAGUGAUCAUCGGUGGCGAGUAAAGGGGAGGGAGAAAUAACAACUUGAGGUUUUGGUGUGAAGGGUGGGGGAAUUAAUUGACCUGUACAAAUAGAAGAGAAGAAGACGCUGUCUCCUAACCCAGCUUGGUCUGGCUACUCGGUUUGCUGAUUGUAAUGAGGUCCGGUGACUCGGCGAGCCGAUACGCUUCCGCACCGGUGUGGUGGUGUGCGUGGGAGGGAGUGUACUGCUGGUAUAUAAUUCAGGAGGGGGUGUUUUCUGGUUUCAGGUAUCUUUUUCUUCUUCUUUUCGUUUCUUUCGAAAAUGGCAGUUAUCCUGCAUUCAGGGGGUGUUUUGUGGUUUGAGGUAUCUUUUGGGUUCUCUCUGUAACCUCUGUAUGUAUGAUGUUCGGAUUUCUGUGGA